CGCCCCACGCCACACCCCACGCCACGCUCCACGGCACACCCCACGCCACGCUGCACGCCGCGUCCCGCGCUGUGCCCCACACCGCGUCCUGUGCUGCGCCACACACCGCGUCCCACACCGGCCUCCCACGCCGCACCCCACACCACCUCCCACUCUGUGUCCCACGCCGGCCUCCCGUGCCGCGUCCCGCGCCCCACCCCACGCCACGCUCCACGCCACACCACACGCCACGCUCCACGCCACACCCCACGCCACGAUACACGCCGCGUCCCGCGCCGCACCCCACGCCGCGUCCCACACCGGCCUCCCACGCCGCGUCCCGCGCCCCACCCCACGCCGCGCCCCACGCCACACCCCACGCCACGCUCCACGCCGCGUCCCGCGCUGUGCCCCACGCCGCACCCCACGCCGCGUCCCACACCGGCCUCCCACGCCGCGUCCCGCACCGCACCCCACGCCGCACCCCAUGCCGCGUCCCACGCCGCGUCCCGCGCCGCACCCCACGCUGUGUCCAACGCCACGUCCCAUGCUGCGUCCCGCGCUGCGCCCCACACCAUGUCCCAUACCGCGUCCCACGCCGCACCCCACACCACGUCCCACGCCCUGUCCCGCGCUGCGCACCACGCCGUGUCCCACACCGGCCUCCCACGCCGCGUCCCGUGCUGCGCCCCACGCCGUGUCUCACACCGGCCUCCCACGCCGCACCCCACACCAUGUCCCACACUGCGUCCCGCGCUGCGCCCCAUGCCGUGUCCCACGCCGCGUCCCACGCCGCGUCCCGCGCUGCGCCCCAUGCUGUGUCCCACGCCGCGUCCCACGCCCCGUCCCGCGCUGCGCCCCACGCCGUGUCCCACACCGGCCUCCCACACCGCACCCCACACCACGUCCCACGCCCCGUCCCGCACUGCGCCCCACGCCGUGUCCCACACCGGCCUCCCACGCCGCGCCCCACACCGCAUCCCACGCCCCGUCCCGUGCUGUGCCCCACGCCGUGUCUCACACCGGCCUCCCACACCGCACCCCACACCACGUCCCACGCCCCGUCCCGCACUGCGCCCCACGCCGUGUCCCACACCGGCCUCCCACGCCGCACCCCACACCGCGUCCCACGCUGCAUCCCGUGCCGGCCUCCCCGCUUCUCAGGCAGCCGGCAGCGACCAUCUGACACAGCCGUCGCCCCUGCCCGGCCGGGCUCAGAGCAGCGUGGAUCCCAACACCGGCCGCAGCCUGCGUCCUCGGUUGCCAUAGCGACAGCGUUGCUUUGA